GCCGACCGGCCCUAGUGUCGCCUCCGACGGCGCCGCGUGUGCAGCUCGCGGCGAUGGCGACGCUGGCGGUGAACCUCUCUGACGGUGUCGAUGUCGACGGACCGGAGACGGACGUUUUGCCGUCGGCGCCCGCCGGACUGAACCUGACCUACCUGCCAGUGCUGCUGUUUAUUGUGGCCGGCAUUGUGGGGAACGUGCUGGUCUGCCUGGCCAUCUGCCUGGAGAAGGCGCUGCAGAACGUCACCAACUACUUCCUGCUGUCGCUGGCCGUGGCCGACCUGCUCGUCAGCUGCAUCGUCAUGCCGUUCGGCCUAGUGGCAGGUCUGCUGAACGAGUGGCCGCUGAACGCCGCCUGGUGCAACUUUUACGUGACCUGUGACGUGCUGGCGUGCACGGCGUCCAUCUGGCACAUGAGCUUCAUCUCGCUGGGACGGUACCUGGGUAUCCGCGACCCGCUGAAAAAUCAGCCGCGUAACACAUUUCGACAGGUGGUGACCCGGGUGGUGCUUGUGUGGCUCUUGUCACUCGGCAUCUCCAGCAUCGUCACCAUCAUGGGCAUCGUCAACCUCGACAACAUCAUGCCGAAUCCGAAGGUUUGCGCCAUCAACAACCGCGUGUUCUUCGUGGUGGGCAGCCUGCUGGCGUUCUUCAUUCCCAUGGUGAUCAUGGUCAUCACCUACUCGCUGACCACCUGGCUGCUGCGCCAGAAGUGCCGCUCGGGCGCCACGCUGCGCCACCGGCACGUGGGCCGCAGUGUGGCGCUGCGCCAGCGCGCCUCCAGCGGCCGCGGCGAGCCGGCAGAGCUGCGACUGGCGCCGCUCACCAACGGCUACCGCAUCAGCACGCGCGACGUGGCCGUCCAGACGCCGGAGAGCAUCAGUCGCGAGACGCGCCGGUUCCCGCUGACACUGCGGCUGACGGCGGCCUCAGAGGUGUCUCGGCGGCCGACCGCGCCGCCCAGCACGGCGCUCACCGCCGAGCAGAAGGCCUCCCAGGUGCUCGGCCUCGUGUUUCUGGCGUUCGUCGUCUGCUGGGCGCCCUUCUUCACGCUCAACAUCUCCAACGGCCUGUCGCGCAGCAUCUACGUGAACCCAUACGUGGAGGCGGUGUUCCUGUGGUUGGGCUACGUGUCCUCCACCAUCAACCCCAUCAUCUACACCAGCGUCAACAGGACGUUCCGCAUGGCCUUCCUGAAGCUGCUGCGCUGCGGGUGCCGUCAGUUCCAGCACGGCCACCGGUACCGGGCCUACAGUCUGAACGACACGGGCGCCUCGAGCACGCCGCUCUCCAAGCCACCGUCAGCCCACUUUCGGACUCCGAGUCUGUCGCAGCAGCGCGGCCCGGACGCUCUUCAGAUGCCGGCGUUCGCGCUGAAAUCACAGACUAUCUCUUAGUGGCGACACUGGUGGCGCGUUGCAGUGACACUUUGACCCUCUACCGGCGCCGGUGGUGGUUUUUUUUUCCGCGGUGAUGGCGGAGAGCGAUCUCUCAUAUCCAGGCAUUAUGGCAAGGCGGCCAUGGGAACGGACGCAGGUGCUCUCUGAGCGUGUGACCGCUCUCGUGACCGGUCUCCGAAGGUGCCCGAAGUGUGGACGGUUUCUGACGGUGCCACACACCACCCAUACCCACAUGGUACAAACGCUCCUCGUAGGGACGAUAUAUCAAAUGGCUCGCGGCUUGCAUAGGGACUGCUGUCGGCGCUCGUCAAUCACUCGCAGGUUGUGGUAACGUGUUUGUAAGUUUCCCGGUGUGCCACAUCUUCACGUGAGUGUUUGUAUGUGAAAUACUCCUUUGCGUCCCGCUGAAUGUCUGAUGUCUGUUCACAACUUGACAGACUGGAGUUGUUUUGAGGUUGAUGUACGAGCUCUAUGAGAGAUCACUACGUGAGCGCUGAGGUCACUGUGAGAGCCUUGUGAGAAACCACUUUCUGAGGUCUACGAGAGAUGUGUGAGAUUGUGUGAGAUGUGUGAUGACUAUCGGUGUUGUAAUCUGCCACCCCAGCACAGAAACCUGAACCCCGCAAAAUGUGUACGUAUGAUAUAGGCAAAGCAACUGCCCUGAUUGUGAAAGACAGCAAUAUUGGCGAGGAAACUCAUAGUUGAGUCGACUCAACUCCAAAAUUAACAGCACUUUAAUGUUUAAUGUUGGCGGGCUGAAUCACGCGGUGUUUUGAAAAAUGGUUGUUACUCCUGAGGAGUAUUUAUUACGGAGCGAGCGAAGCGAGCGUAGUCUUUCCUUAGAUUAACGGAAAUUUCUGAGUAUGAGCGGCCGGCCGGCCGGCCGGCCGUGCGGACGCUUUUGCGAGGCUUAUAUCUCAGCAACCACUUGACCGAUUUACACGCGGUAAUUUUUGUAGGGUAGCUUCAUUCCUUCUACCAAGUAUUGGACUAUUCCCGAUGCAUAUAGGUGACCCCUUAUGCACGUGCCACGUGCAAAACGAAGAGGUGUCAGUUUUGUAAUUGUUGCAAUAUCUCGGUAACUAGUUGGCCGAUUGCGCUGAAAGUUGGCAUGUAGGUAGGCACCCACUAGGCACUGCAUAUCCAUAUGCCAGAGUUGGGGUGCUGCUGCACGUGCGCACGUGCAGGGGUCGUUUCCAGAUCUCGAGAACGGCUGGACCGAUGGCGCUCAAAUUUGGUACACGGUUAGGGACCAGUUAGUAGGGUGCCGUGCACAAGUCAGUUGGGACCCAUUUUGCACGUGCGCACGUGCAGGGUGCCGCUCCCAGAUCUCGAGAACGGCUGGGCCGAUUGUGCUCAAAUUUGGCACAUCGCUAGAAACCGGUCAGUAGGGUGCCGUGCACAAGUCAGUUGGAGGUACCCCCUCGAAAUUUCGCACGUGCAAGACUCACCCCCUCGCUCGCUCCGUUAGUCGCCCCAAAAGGCGCUAUACUGGUAUGUAUAAGAAAUGAGAUGGUGAUGCGAGCGAUUACUCAUGCAGUGAUGAUAUGAAAGUGAGUGCAGUUUUCAACUGCAUGAACCCUGUGUGUUAUGUUCGUAUUCAAGUGUAACGCUCACGAUUCACACAAUCACGAAAUUGAGUCAAACUAAGCUGGCCAUUUGUGGCCUUUGGCUGCAUAAAUGUACUUACAUCACACUGACACGGCACUGAUACGUCCAAACGAUGUAGUGCCGUUGGAUAUAAAUACCACCUACGGCUAGUAUAGGGGCUAAUUUCAUCAACCGUCUGUCUUUCUGACAUUUAUUGACAACUUGGUUUUCAGAUAUCCCUAAGUACAAAUGUUUCCAUUUUCUGAAGGUUUACUAUCAUAAGCUGUAGUAUGUUGCGUCUUUUUCUAGGUUGCUUGAGGUUACUUGUCAGUUCAACAGCUUCUUUUUUGCAUGCUGAAAAACGACUUCUAAGAAAAAAGACUUAGCAUUAGCUGAUAGUAAGCUGUCAUUUUAGACUUUUCACACUUUUAGUUUACUUCCAAAAGAUAAAAAAGCUCAGCUCACGUUUUUCCCAAAGUAUUUUGUCGCAAAGCACUGGACUCUUCUUACAAAUAUUUUGAGUAUGAAUGCGACUGCUCUCAAAUCUUUUUUUUGUAUUAUGUAACACAAAAAUAUCAGCUUCAUAACCAUAGUUUCCAGAUAUAUUAUCCUUACCGUCGUGUUUUGCCAUUAACCCAAUGCAAUAUUUACGCCAGAAUGGAUAGAAACAUGGUACCAUCUUGCUUGAUCAUGAAAUAAACGUCACUGAAAACAAGGUUUUAUAGAUGGUUAAAAUCUAAUCAUCUUAAUAUGUCAAUAUAUUUUUUUAACCUGUGACAUCUGGCAGCACAGAUAAUAGCCGUUUUCACGACGGCCAUCUGGUACACAUUUGGUGCACGUCUGGUACAGAUUAGGUGCAGAUUUGGUCAAGUCAGGUUCAGUGUGUCUCUUAGUGCAGCUAUCAGAUAGGGUUGCACUUAUUGCUGAUAUGCCUGCUUUGUCAUACUAUCAGAGAGCAUCAUCGAUUAAAACACUGAAAUGAGUUCAUAAAAUGAAGAUAUUUGCUGUAAAAGAAAUUAGGUGCAGAUUUGGUCAAAUCAGGUGCAUUCGCCGGAUAGCCCGUCGUGAAAACGGCUAAUGAUAACUUAUUUUUAAAGUCUGCUUAAUUAUCAAAAGCCGUUUGAUAUUGCGACACGGUCGAGAUAAAGUUGGGCUUUAAAAGCGGUAAAAAUAGUCGCCUCUUCAAUAAGUCUAAAGAUGAAAUCUGCUAGAGUGGUGUUCACCAUCAAUCAAAUAAAUACAGCACAAUGUGCUAACCAAUAUCACAUGUAUUGUUGUGUGUAGCGCAACCGCGAAACAUUAACAAGCAUUGUUUGGAUGUUGAAUGAUGUGCUCUGUACAAUAUACAUACUUGCA